GGCCGCUCGCUGGCAUCUCACAUUCCUGCAGAAGAAAUCGUGAGUCACUUGACAAGAAUUAGGAAAAGUUGAGUGUGCUUUGCUUCGUCCCGGCGGCCGUGGAAAUGCUCAGUUGUGCCCGUGGUGCCGAGGCUUGGCCAGUGGGCUGGGCCGUGUGUUGACUGGCCUGCCGGGGCGGGGGUCCCGAGCAGAGCUCGGGGAGGACGGCCUGGGCAGCCAGCUGGCGUGUAGUCGGCAAAUGCGAGGGCAGCGCACUUGGAUUGUAAGAAGUAGUUUUCCCUACGAGCUUCUGGUUUGUUUUUUCCUUAGGAAGUUAGUACCUCCCACUUUAGGGUAAAUGACACCCUCAGCUUUAGUUGGGCGUGAGUUUAUACUUUUUUCUGACAGAUUGUGAAAAAGGAAAUACUUAAUAUGUUUAUACAAUACGGCAUAGCUGAUACGUUAUAUAAUGCUUCAGAUGGUGUGUUCGAAAUACUCUUAAGGGAGAAUUCGAGGCGAAAUGGAAACGUUUGCCGGAGCGGUCGUCGGUGGUGCGCACGGUGAUCUGGAAGGUGGCCGACCGACUCAGGUCUGCCUUUCGUUUCCUUAGUGUCCUGAGUGUGGAGAGUGACGCGUGGAUCAUGAAGGUGGAAUGAGUGACUCCACAGAGUAGGAGUUCACACAGCACUUUCGUAGGCAGAAGAAGUGGAAGGAUGCUUCGUACGUCGGAGAUUUAAAAGUGGGAAUUAGAAUUGGUGAAAUAUGUGGAUGAAACAGGACUUGAAAGAUUGACCUUCAGUGCUGAGGAUUUAAGUGUCUACAGGUUGGGUGGUUAAAUGACAAAGGGGUGCAAGCACAUUUUGUUGGCUUCUUGUCCACUGGUUUACAUACAUUUACAGUUCUAUGUCAGUGUAUUACAACUUUAGAGAGGAACUACAUAUGAAUGAAAGGUACUGCGUGUGAACAGCAACAUUCUAAGCUGUAACUUUCACUUUUGUUGCAAAUUGUUAAAGUAUUUGAAACUGUUCCGGAGAAAGCCUGAGACCACUGGAGUGAUGUAAAUCCUAUGCCUCUGGGGGGGGCUUUUUGUGCUUCACCUGGCCUCUGGGCUCCUCACCAAAACGUUUUAGAGAAAAUAGGAUGGAGGAGAGAGCCCAUAUAUUAUAUUGAAAUACAGUUACCAAAAUAUUGAACCAAAUUGAUGCUCAAGCUGCUUACUUGCCCUUUGUUAGAUCAGUUAGUAACAGGUCAAGUUCGGGCUUUAGUGAUUCCUUUUGGAGCAGUGACCAGCAUAACUGACAGUUUGAAAUUUCUGUAGUAACUCUAGUGCUUUGUGAAAAUAUCUGUAAUUUCUCUUCGUGAAAAAGUCACAGGUACUGCUGAAACUCCAGGAUUUCAUGUCUUCCUUCAUGAUUGAAUGGGUGCUAAAUUUCAGCCAGAGAUUAUUGCAAAUAAAGAUGUGAUGUUUUUUCUCAUUCAGCUUCACGGAGACCAGGGUCUGAAUCUGUGCACUCUCCACCAUCCAUUAGUAGGCAUGUGUAUGUGCCCUUGUUUUCCUUCCUCAAGUGGCUGUCCUGGUGGCUAAGGGGGUGAGGGAAUAAAAGCAGUGAGUGCAGACGAGGGAACUCAUGUGUAUAUUAUAGCAGCCUGGGGUCAUUGUCAGGGCUGAGGGAGCUGCAGCAGCCAACUGGGGAGUGCCGUCAUAUGCUCCAGUCUUAUGCCACAACCAGAUCAGUUACUAUUUUGUCCUGGAUGUGGAAACACAGUGUAGAAAAGGUUCAGUCUGGAAAUUGUUAGAAUCAACAUUUAAGAGCCGGGAAGCCUAGUCAUUUGGUCAAGGCCUGGCUGCAGAGCCUAUCAAAUGAGGCUACACCUGUCAUCCCACCAGCCGUCCCUUGUUCUGGGGUGUCAGCCCCGCCGCUUUCGUUACUGUUUCUGGAAAGUUCAUUCACAGAAGGCUGUGUGAUACCACAGCAAACAUGCUGUCUGCCAAGGUAGUUUGAUGCCCGUGGCUUGGAAGUGCUGUGGUUCUGAGGGGACCUGGGGGGCAGGGUGGGGUUAGUGAGGGAGGUGGUCAGGGGACAGAGCAGGGUCUUCAUUCUAUCUAGGAUUCCUUAGGGAAAAGUUUCUACAGUGUUUUCAAAAUCUUCAACUGACCUACCAGGUUGCAAGACUAAGGGUUUGUGAGUAAAAUUUUGGAUUCGUUUUCUUGUCGUGAGCCUUCCUUUCAAUGAUCGGAGACAGCCAGCCCGCUGCCAGGCGCUGCCUCCUGUCACAGGUGGCUAAGCCGCUCCGCGUGGAUCGUUGGUGCUCCUGUCUGGGGAGACCACUUAGCUUGAGGGGAUCCCCACCACCCAAAAGGCACGUGCUGUUCUGUGCAGUCUCUAGCCGAAUGCAGCCGUCCACGUGCUGGUGAGGCUGUGGGGCACAUUCCCCGGAAACGCUUUUAUCGUUUGCCAUCUGCGACUGACACGUACAGGACGAUUAGCUUGUUUCGUCAAGUCUCAAGGUGGCCGGGAGCAGGCUGACUUCAAGUCCAGGGGUUGAGGGUUACCCAGGAAUAAGGAAAAUAGGAAUCUAGUUGGAUCCCAGGGACCACUAGUGCUGGGCUUUGGGGCGCACAGAACUGGUUUGAACUCUGGCAGAAGUCUGGCCUUCCUGGUUCAGCUGGACUGUUGCUCUGCACACUGUUGAUUGCAAGUUCUCUCCUCCCCGCAGCGUGGGGCCCAGCACUACCCGCCUCAUCCUCUUCCUGUUUCCCAGGGUACACCCCAGACAGAGUGACUGAGCUCUUUCCCUCCACCCACCUUCCAGGCGCUGACUCCUGGGCUAGGUGCUGCCCUCAGGGAGGGCUGGGCUCCUGCCUUCCACACGACCACCCUUUUGCAGCGGGGUCUACAGUAGGGUUGGUUCACUUAGAAGGGACUAUGGAUUGGGAGUACUGUGAUGCAGGUUCCAGCCAGAACAGUCUGAUCAGACUUUUGUAAAAAUAAUGCUUAAUGAGAGCUUGGUAAGCUCUCAAUAUAUGUUGUUUUAUGUUGUCUGAGAUAUUUUAUCAAGGUUUAUACUUUUUUGCAUUAAAAAAUUUAGGAAUUUAGCUUUGCAUUCUUUUAAAUUGUGUGUUUAUGUGUUCCCCCCCCCCCUCCCUCCCAGGAUGUACUUUAGCAGAAUUCUUUGCAGCAUAAACGCAAACACUUCUGUGAUUCUGUAGGGCAGGGGUUCUCAACUGUGGGACUGUUGACAUUUGGGGCCAGAUACUUCUGUGUUGUGGAGGCCGUCCUGUGUAUUGUGGGAUGUCAGCAGCAUUCCUGGUCGCUAUCCACCAGAUGCCACUGGGACCCCCACUUCCAGUUGUGAUAACCAAAAAUGUCUUCAGACAUUGCCAAAUGUCCCCUGGGGGAAAAAGUCACCCCUGGUUGAGAACUGCUCUACAACAGCAUUUCCCAAAAUGUAUUGUGUGGAACCUGAGUUUAAUGGGAUGUGCAUCCAUAUUUACGUAUUAGUUAUUUUGUUUUGUAUUUUUAGUCAGCAUUAUUAUGUAUGUUUCCAUGUACUUAUAUAACUCACAUGUUUCUCAUUUUAAAAAAUGUAUCAAAGAUCUCCACAUAAUUUUGUGAUUCUUUUUUUUUUUCUGUAUUGUUUAUGGCUGUGUCUGAUGUUGCAGAGCCUUUUGAGCAUUUAGGUUUUGAUACUCCCUAUGUUUUUUUUUUCAUCAUUCUCUGGCCUACCAAGCUUAGCGCUAGUCAGAUCACAGGGGCUGUGGGCAGAGGGAUAGUGCUCCUGGGUCCAUUUCUACGGUGCUCUGUCCCCGAGCACACAGUGCCUUGGGAAGAAAGAUUGUCUGUGUGAAAGGGCCCUUGCUUUCAUGAAGAGUUGGGGUUCUUAUUUUUUCCUAAAACCAUACCUUAACUCCUAACAAGUCCAUCGUGAAAGUUUUGAGUGUCGGUUUUUAAUAAUGUCGAUGAUAGUCACCGUCUGAAAAGCAAGGGUGUGAAGAAAUUUAAAAUUCUACCAGCAGUCUACUAAGACCAUCCAGCUCAGAAUUUACUAAAACGGAUUCUCAUACCAUUAAAUCACCUUUGUUAUUGGAAUUUUGCUGUGACUUUAAUGGACAUUUGGACCUUUGGCUUGGAAAUGCUUUUUUUUUUUUUUUAAAUACAGACUUUGUCUUAACAGGAUUUAGUAUCUGAUUUUAUUUGAAUAUUAAACUUCUAGAGGCACCUCCCCAAACCUUGUUUGAAAAAUAAAGUGAUUUCUUGACGAAUGUUUUCCUCAAUAUGAGUUGUUGACUGAACAUGUCCCAGGGAUGGGGCAUGUGAAGCCGGGAUGGAAGGCGGCCGACAGGUGGCUUGAGCUUCUGAGCCAUAGGCACUGAAGACUUCCCACACUCAAAAUGAAAACUCCUUGGACCGCAGUGACAGUUUCCUGAAAGAAUAGGCCGAGUUUCUCAAAAACGACAGGAAUCUUGAUUGGGAUUGCAGCACCAUGACUUACAGAUAAUGACAUGUGCCAAGAGCAACGGUAGGCUGUCCGUGAACUAGCAGAAGGAGAGGCAGCCCAGCGAAGCCGGCGGGGACAAGGCAACAGAACCUGCUCCUCUCCGUCUGCUCCAUUUCGGGACAUGCGGCUCUGCUCUGCUGGUUGCUCAGACACCAUUUGCUUUUGACUCAAGAUGAUGUGAUGUUUUAUUAUAAAACUCAUUAACCAUGAUGGCUACACAGACAUUAAGCAUAGACAGCUAUCAAGAUGGGCAACAAAUGCAAGUAGUAACAGAGUUAAAAACGGAGCAAGAUCCCAACUGCUCUGAACCUGAUGUGGAAGGAGUGAGCCCCCCACCCGUGGGGUCCCAGACGCCAAUGGAUGCGGACAAGCAGGCCAUUUAUAGGCAUCCACUGUUUCCAUUAUUAGCUUUGUUGUUUGAAAAAUGUGAACAAUCUACGCAGGGCUCAGAAGGCACAACUUCUGCCAGUUUUGAUGUAGAUAUUGAAAAUUUUGUAAGGAAGCAAGAGAAGGAAGGAAAACCCUUCUUUUGUGAAGAUCCGGAAACUGACAAUUUAAUGGUAAAAGCAAUCCAGGUUUUGCGUAUUCAUCUUCUUGAGCUGGAAAAGGUUAACGAACUGUGCAAAGAUUUCUGCAGUCGAUACAUUGCUUGUCUCAAAACGAAAAUGAACAGUGAGACUCUCCUGAGCGGAGAACCUGGAAGCCCGUACUCCCCCGUCCAGUCCCAGCAGAUUCCAAGUGCCAUCUCAGGCACUCUCAGCCCCCAAGGAAUCGUGGUUCCGGCAUCUGCGCUGCAGCAGGGGAACGUAACCAUGGCAACAGUGGCAGGUGGCACAGUGUAUCAACCUGUCACAGUUGUCACCCCUCAAGGCCAAGUAGUGACACAAGCGUUGUCGCCCGGCACGAUCAGGAUCCAGAACUCCCAGCUUCAGUUACAGUUAAACCAAGAUCUAAGCAUCUUGCAUCAAGAUGAUGGCUCAUCUAAGAAUAAAAGGGGCGUUCUGCCGAAGCACGCUACCAAUGUGAUGAGAUCUUGGCUCUUUCAGCACAUAGGGCAUCCCUACCCGACAGAAGAUGAGAAAAAACAGAUUGCUGCUCAGACAAAUUUGACUCUACUCCAAGUUAACAACUGGUUCAUCAAUGCCAGAAGACGGAUUCUUCAGCCCAUGUUGGAUUCUAGCUGUUCAGAAACUCCAAAAACUAAGAAGAAAACUGCUCAGAACAGACCGGUCCAGAGGUUUUGGCCUGACUCCAUUGCCUCCGGAACUGCGCAGCCACCACCCAGCGAGCUGGCCAUGUCGGAAGGAGCCGUUGUGACGAUCACCACGCCUGUGAGCAUGAAUGUGGACAGCCUCCAGUCUCUGUCCUCAGAUGGCGCCACCCUGGCGGUACAGCAGGUCAUGAUGGCGGAACAGAGCGAGGACGAGUCUGUGGACAGCACGGGGGACAGUGGGGCCACGCUCGCCUCCACCCACAUCAGUGGCCUGGUCCUGGAGAACAGCGACUCCCUGCAGUAGGGGGCCAGCAGGGCCCAGAACCGUGGGGCGGGCUGGCCUGACUUUUUAUAGUUUGCACAGCAAACAUUUUACACAGUUUUAUUUCUAAUAUGUUUUAUAUGUAGAUAGAGAAGAGUGCACUUUUGUAUUUCAUAGUAUGCUUCAAGAGCAUCUUUGCUGGUGCAGCGACUUCUUUCAAGUGUGCGUGUGCGUGUGUGUGCGGGUUUUUAAGGAAAUUCUUUAAAGGUUUAACGCUAAAAAUGUGAUGAAUGACAAACACCCCUGUGAGCCCCUAAUUAGAUUAAGGAAUAGUGUUGCCAUUUUCUAAAAAAUUAUGCAGUUUUAAUUUAGUUCUGUGGUUGAAGCAGGUCUCAGUGGGCUGAUUUCUUUGCGUGGCCCAUGGAUUUGAAAGAAGCUUCUGCAUCUUAAAGCUGCCGGCUCGAGGCGGGCACCGCACAACAAUAAAAUAGGCGUGACUCCGUGGUGGGCUUGCGGCGGUCUGAAUACGCUUAGGUUCUCGCACAUUCCGUGAGCCUGUUUCAUUUGCUAUAGAUAAAAAGAAACUCCUAUUUUUACCUUGCUGGAAUUAUUGGAUAAAAAAGCUAUUUUUAUAAAUUCGUUAUGAAUUGGAUUAUGACUAUGUUGAGGAUAAAAUUUCUAGAGAAGAAACAAUACAUGCUUAUUAUUUCAAUUUGGAAUGUUCUGAACUGACCAAAUUUAGUGAACCUGCCCAAAGUUAGCUAGCAUUCCAUGGUUCUCUGCCAUCCCAGGGUAGUGAUUUAUAUUUACUACUAUGAAAGAAACAACUGUUGAAUGAAAUUUUGAUACCUGCAAAUUUUAGUUUAUAUGUAAAUGCUCAGAUUGCAUCUUACACUCGAUCUGAACAUAGAUCUAAAGUUAUGCUAAAUAGGACUAGGUAAGUCAGGUGAAGUGUUGGCCAGUAAUUGGUUAACAGCUCUUACCACCCGUAUUUCUGUCUGAUUUGAAUCUGACUACAGUUAAAGGUUACUCUGCCACCUAGCUCUGUUGUUUUAGGAUCUUUUAGUCAGCCAUAUGUUUGCAUAGAAUGUUUAUUAUAAACUAAUAUAAAAUGUCCUCUACCCCACUGGCUCAGAGUGAGGGCCAAUAACCCACGCUCAGCUCUGUUACAUAAUUAACAUCUCCCUGAAGUGACAUGGUGACCCGGACUGGGGUGACAGCGUGACGGCAGACUCUCUCGCCAUUGGUCCUGGUGUCCGUUUUUUCUCCUUGUCCGUUGUUGCUUUGGAAUUUCCGGAGCCCUCCCCCUCUGACUUGAUCACAUGGGAUUUGGAAUAGUUUUAGGACUUCCGUUUUCCUGGUGACAAGACGAAUCAAAAGAGUAGACUGGGUUUUGUUUCCUUUGUUUUCAUGUAUUUGCAAGUGGGGCUCUUUCUCAGAGUGAAAACAAGCUACCUUGUUUCAUGAAGUCUUUACGUGGUCUUACAUGGGAUGGCCACAGUUCGUGUUUCUAAAGGAUAGUUUCAUGUUUGGGAAAGUCGUCCGUUCUUGGGGUUCAGUAGCACUAGCUGGCUAUAGACCAAGGUGACACUGAGGGAUAUUUUGAGCGAGGGCAGAUUUUGUUCUGCAACUGAUUUCCCCCCCCCCCAAAAUUUAUUGAUUCAAGUUAAUCACAGAAGAGUAUUAUUUCCUAGAUAACUUAGAAGGCAGUUAGAAAUACAUGGAAAUUUCUCUUAAAAUAUUUCAGGAACUUUAGAAAAAAACUUGACUAUCAGCUCUUGGCAAGAGAAUCACAUUUUUAAGCAGCAGUUACAUUCCUUAUUUAUAAACGAUUUGUAAUAUUUUUAGUAAGUCUACUCAAGUUUAAAAGAUCAUUUUAACUUGACCUAAACUCUGACAUUGUUGGACUUCUUGAAGUUAGGACCUGUGGAGGCCAGCCAGCCGGCUUCCUCCAUCCCCAGGCCCUCCUAGCCGCCCCUGCUCUUUGGCCGAGUGCAGAUGUUCUCCCAGUGUGGACUCCCAGCCGGUCACCAUCUCCCUCCCCGCCCGGGGGUCGCGAGGGCUACACAGACCUCGUCAGUGUGGAGGCGGGGGGGCCGCACAGGGUCCUCCUCCCCCCCCCCCCCCCGCGCUGGCCUGAGACUCGGCCUUCCAUGCCCAGUGACACCACGUGCUCCCUGGGGCUGAGGCCGGUUUUCUUAGGCUCUCAGUUCUCACUGGCUUCAGAGCAUCAGGAUGAGCCACUCAGAGGUGCGUCCGGGCUGGCCUGGGGACCACAGGUACUCGCACGCAGCGUGGCACACCAAGCUGUUUCGGUUCAGGGAACCGCCGCCCAGCAUAUUUGUUGUCUGUCUGCCUUUUAUAAAAACCCCCCAUUUCCAGCCCUCGGGCAUUCCAGAGAAUCUUUGCAAAGGGGACCGCAUCGACGUCCAGUUUCUGUGAGCAGACUCGGUCCUGACUCUCCCAAGAAGGAUGCUUUGGAUGCGUCCUGAGACCCAGACCAAACAUGCUGUCCCUGCUGUCGCGCUGUUGAGCAGGUAGCCGAUGGCCGACCGCGCCUGCAGCAUCCUGACUGCAGCUAGUCGAGUAAGUUCAGUGUUUGUCCCGGGUGCAGAGUGGGGGGGGCGGGGCGGGUGGGCAGCCAGCGGCGCCGGCUCGCACCCAGACCGCAGGAGCGGGGCUGCGAACACCCCGCACCCCCGGGGCGCAGGGGCCUUUUCCGCGCGGCCCGUCAUCGGCCGGUCCAGUCCUUCCCUGUGGGAGCGAGCGUCAGGGUGCGCUCCUUCUAGGCAGACUCGAACAUACCCGGACGGGGGGAGAAGGCCCGUCUCUGGCAGUUGGUGACAGAAAUAACUCCGCAAUCUGCCUUCGUUUUAGUUCUGUUUGGUCUAUGAACUGACAAUCUUUAAAAUGUGAAUACUGUAACCAUAUUGUUUUCUUGGAUUGUUGUCUUUAAAAGGGAUUUUUGUGAAGCAAUUGAUUUAUCAAAGCAAAAAAAUUAAAAAUAGAAACAUGCUUUA